GCGCUCCCUCCUCCCCAGUAAAUCGGUGGUGCGGUUCGGUUGUUUUGUGCAGUGACUCUUAUGGUUAAUCGUGUAUUUAAUGCCCUAAUGGAUAUUCUACAUACAGAUUUCGAAGAAUAGGUAUUGCAAAUUAGACUGGUGAUUCAAACUUAAUUCAAUCAAAAUGAUGCAAUACGGGGAAGAGAACGAAAGACUAGCAGAUAAAUCUGCUUGUGCUGGUGUUAGAGCUGAUCUUAAGAUGUGUCUGUUGCAGAGCGAUUGCUGUAAAGUACAUAAGAAGACCCCCAGGGAAUGUUUGAAAGCUAAUGAUGGCAGUGUACCGACUGAAUGUCAGGUUUUGAGAAAUACUUUCUUUGAAUGCAAAAGAUCUAUUUUGGAUGCUCGACAGAGGUUUAGAGGAAGGAAAGGUUAUUAGGAAUGUAUCAAAUUAAAAUCAGUAGUUGUAAAGUUUUGAGCAUUAAUAUAUUUGUUAAAUAAAAUAUAACUGUUA